AUGUCGUCCUUAGCACAGCAGCUGAAAAAGAUUGGCACCGCCGAUGUCACAAAGGGCUACGAGAAGGCAACAAAGCACCGCGCAUCCUUCCUCUUCGACUCCAAACAGGCCGCCGACUAUGAUAUCGACACCAUCUACUCCAUCGGUGUCAACGGCAUCACAGAGCUCAGACAGCUCGACUCCAAAUUCACUGCCUUCGAGAAGACCCUCUUUGCCGAAUCCAUGAAGGGCGUCGAUCGUGUCCUCCAAACCAAAGAGGAUAACGCCAAGCUGGACGAGAGUAUUACAUUGUUCCUUCGCCAAAUGUCGCCUUACUUCAUGUUGAAGCCAGCUGGAAAAGCUCUGGAGUGGCUCAUCCGUCGAUUCCGUAUCAACGAGUACAACGUCGACGCCGUUAUGCAGGCCAUCCUCCCCUACCACGAGACUGCGCUCUUUGUCACCAUGGUCUCCAUCCUCCAGAUCGAGGAGACGAGUCGCUGGGCUUUCCUCCGCCCCGUUCGCAAGAGCAAGCAGCCUUUGGACAGGACUUUGUUGAUUCAGAGCAUGCUCAAGGAUCGUUCUCUCGUUGAGUUCAUCUGCGAGAUGGUUCUCCAAUCUGUAACCCGCCGUACCUCCUUCAAGACUAUCAUGUCCUUCUACGCCGCAGUCAUGUUGCAGUACAUUGCCACCUUGCCCGCAAUCACAGACGAGGUUUUGACCGCCAUUUUCCCAUAUAUCCUCGACGGACUGAAGGCCAAGAACUCACCAGAGUACCAGAUUGCUUCGUACAUGAUCAUCUCACAAAUUUCGGAACGCGCCACUCUCACAAUGGAAGUUCUCUCAUCUCUGUUCACCACCAUGACCGCCAGCUACUCGAACGCGUUCCAGAUGCUGCUUUGCUUGGUUCACAUCUGCCAGACUCAGGAGACUUUCGAGGAGUUUCCAGAGCGCGCCUUCAAGACCUUGGCCAGGAUCGAGGACAUCUCUACCGUCUUGCUUGCCCUUCUCCAAAAAUACAGCGCCCAGCGUUUCCUUUACCCCUUCCUCAUCGCCCUCGCCAAACAUUCCGGAGAGCACGACAACUACUCGAUCGUCCUCAACACUAUCUUGAAGGAGGAGCGUCUCCCUUCGUCGAUUGUUCACGGAGUUAGCUCCACUGUCCUGGAUCUUUACCUUGCAGAGCGCGCACAGGAUGAGACAGCUGAAAUGAACCACAACACUCUUUCAAUUUUGACCGUUCUCCACGAGAACUACUCUCAGGAUCUGGACGCCGCCCUUCAGCAAAAGUUGUCCGACUCCAAGGAAGAAGAGCACUCCAAGACCCACAGUCAUCUCUACUCCUUCAUCGCCAAGGCCUUCAACGGAACUCGCCACCAGCCUCUCAAGGAGUCCAACACCACUCUCUUCCUGAGUGUCAACCACCCUGAAGCCUCCAUUCGUCUCAUCGCUGUGAAGAAGUUGAACGAAAUCUUGAAGGAAAACACCUCGGAGCUCGCCAAUCCUAACAACAAGGAUACUUUUGUCAAGGAUACUCUGCUCGCUCGCAUCCAGGAUGAUGACGAGAGGAUCGUUCUUCAAGUUUUGAGCAUGAAGUUAAACGCAUUCAUUCCUGUUCAGGAUCUCCUCUCAGCUUUGGUCAACGUCAUUACCUCCCCCACCUCCAGCCGUGGAUCCCGUCGCCAUGCUCUUGUCUACCUUUUGGCCAACUUCCUCGCCACUCACAAGGACAUGCGGGAUGAAGUCCUGUCGAUCAUUGUCGCCAACAUUUUCCUCGUCAAGGAUCUCCACAAGGUCAGCAAAUCCGUCAUCUCGAGGAUCAACACAUCGGAGCUGAAGAACGAGCCACUUCUGAAGAACAUUGACGUCGUUCUCAAGGAUUUCCCCAAGGAAUCAUCGGCUGCACCUUCGGCCGAGACCAUGGCCGCUGCUGACAUUGUCAUGAUCAACACACUGGCUGCCAACGUUGUGGCCAGCCCCAACUUGACACACAGCCUCGGUGUUUUUGUCCAGGGUCUCGACAGCAAGAACAACACUUUCCGUCUCUUGUCAAUCUUUGUUAUUACCAAGACUAUCAACCUGUUGAAGGCUGCUCAACAGAUCAAGGUCGCCUCCGUUUUCGUCCCUCAUCUCAUCAGGCUCCUCAAGAACCACUCGAGCUCCAAGAUCACCGUCAUUCACAACGAGGCAGGCCUCCCCUCCAAGGAGUUCCUUCUCCAGGUCACCUCCAAGUCGUGGGUUCCUUUGGUUGAGCUCUCCGCCCUUCACUUUUCGUUGUUGAGCAUUGUUAAUGACCUCAAGAAGCCCGCCAAGGCAGCCGGAUCAUGGUUGUCGUCCGAGCCUCUUUCUGAAUACCGUGCCGUCGUUCUGUCACUCUACAAGGUCUUUGUCGAGCCCUCCCGCAUGGCCCCUUACGAGCAGAUGAUUGAAAAGUUGUUUGAGCUUCACUUGAGCGACGACUCGAUCGAGUUCUUGUGCAAUGUCUGGACCGACGCCUCUGCCCCCACUUUGGUCCGCCUCCGCUCCCUCCAGAUUGCCAACGCCUAUUUGCAAGCCUACACCGCAAAGUCUGUCGCUGAGGCUCCCGACUUCCAGGUUGUCAUCCCUACCCUCUUAUUGGCUCUAGGACACAGUUCUAGGUCUAUCCGUGAGACCGCUCUUGACUGUCUCAACUCGGUGUCUACUCUCUACCCCAAGGUCAAGGGCACAGGCAAGAAGGGCAAGGGAGCUGCUGCAGACAUUUACAGAUAUGACUCCUUCUAUGGCAAGACUUCGGACCAGCUCGAGUUCCUUUUGCCUAGCCAGGUCCAAUCCUUCUUGGCCGGAAUCCUCAAGGCUCGUAGCGAGUUCAUCACCGAUAAUGGUUAUAUUGUCAUCUACUUGGCUGAGAACCUCAACCCCGUCUCCGGCGAGUCCGAGGAGGCAGCAGCAGCAAAGGAUGCCUACCUCACCUUCUACCUCUCCCAUGUCCUUGGAUUUGACCGCAUCAGCAACCGUGUCGAGCUUUUGCAUCUUGUUGAGAACGUCCACUCGCCAACCAAGUUGAAGGUCCUGCUGCCCUUAAUCGAAACCCUGGUCCAUUCGACCUUUGCCGGACAGCUUGACCAGGAGGUCCACACCGAUCUGGCCCGCUAUUUGGUGCGCUGCUUCUCGACCGAGACCACUUCUCUCAUGGAGGGCAAGUCCAACCGUUUCAGGACCGCCUUCUUGCAGCUCUUGAAGCUCGACAGUACUGCUACUACUAAUACCGAUACCGAGGAGUCGAGCUCGUCCUUCCGUCGUCUGGCCCUCGCCCAGAUCAACAGCACCUUCUUUGCAGGAUUCAGUGCCACCCUCAAGCGCGAAGUCUUUAAAGUUCUUAUUGACCUUGCCACCAACGCUCCUCAGGAGACUGUCCGCGUUGUCAAGCAGGUCCUUCGCGAGAUCUCCUUUGCCAGCGAUCUCGUCAUCUACGAGUUGGCUCUUGUGCAGUCCAGCAUCGUCAAGGAGGCUCAGGCUGACGAGGAAGGUGGUGCCUCGAAGCGCCAGCGCAAGGUGGCCACUGACUCUUCCCGCCCCAGCACUGUGGUUGAUUCUCUCCACCGCCUUGUUUCUGUCUUGGAGUUGCUCGAGUCCAAGGAGGUGAAUGAUUCCAACCUGCUCAUCAUGCCCUUGUUCGAGAUUCUCUCGACCAUCAUGAACUCGGACUUUCACAACACCCCCAUCUCGAUUGAGUACAUCAACCAGUUGUUGCUCUCGAGCCUCACUACGUACAUUCGCCAAACUGAGGAGAAGGGUAUUGUGGUUGAGGAGGGUAUUCUCCGCGUCGAUUUGGUCGUCAGCUGCAUCCGUGCUACUGGCAACCCUCAGACUCACAACCAGGCUCUCUUGCUCAUGGCUGCCAUCGCUUCUCUCUGCCCCGACAAGGUUCUCCACAACAUCAUGCCUGUCUUCACCUUCAUGGGCGCCAACGUGUUGCGUCAGGACGACAACUACAGUUUCCACGUCAUCCAGCAGACCUUGGAGAAGAUUAUCCCCCCACUGGUGGCUGCCCAUCGUCGCCAGAGCGAAGCCGGUCAGACCUUGGCCUUCCAGGUUCUCCCUAUUAUCAAGGUCUUUGUCGACGCCUUGUUCCACAUCCCCAAGCAUCGCCGUCUCCGUCUCUUCUCAAUUCUGAUUGCCACUCUUGGCGAGGAGGAAUUCUUGCACGUUGUCAUCUGUAUGAUGGUUGAGAAGUACACCGAGCGUGCCGGCAAGGGCCACCAGACCGAGGCCGACUCUCUGAGCGAGUUUGCUCUUGCCCUCUCGAACCAGUUCUCGGCUGUUGUCCAGAUGAAGGCCGUCAUUGCCCUUAUGGACAUCGUCCAGGCCUUGCCCAACGAGAAGGUCGAGGGUGAAGAUGUCGAGAUGGAGGAGCACCUCUUUGAUGUCAAGACCCACAACAACAAGCAGCUCCGCCAGUUCAAGCUCGCUGCAUUGACAUUCAGUGCCAAUGUCUUGACCUCCAAGUUGUUCUUGUCCAAGAUUUUGACCCAGACCAACAUGGACCUCUCAUCGGAGCGUGUCCUUGAGGGCUACUACCUCCAGAUGGCUGAGCGCAUUUUGACCUUGAUUGGAUCUUUCAGCAACUUUGUCAAUGUGCUGGCCACUCGCAAGGAGCAGUCGGUCCUGGUCAACAAGUUCUGGCGCGGUAUCGUCAAGGUCACCUACGAUGUCCUCGACAAGGUCCACAUUCUCUUGUCGCUGCCCUCGUUUGUCAAGAUUAUGGUCGCCUUGUUCGAGCACAAGGACAGCACUAUCCGUCGCAAGGCUAUGGGUCUCUUCAACCAGAAGAUCACGAACGUCCCCGGAAGCCCUGCCGCUGUCCCUGCCAUCUAUGUCGACAUGGUUGUCGGAGUCAGCGAGAACUUGAGAAAGGUGCUCGAGACCGACCAGGUCGAGGGCGCCACUGCCGAGGAGGUUGCUAUCAACAAGCAGACUGCUCUGUUGUGUCUCUCGACCAUUGUCCGCCAGUUCGGAGCCUCGCACCCUGCCGAGAUGACCAAGAUCAUGCCCACUUUGAUCGGACCCAGCGGUUUGUUGCACGCCAACGAGCAAGUCAAGGCCUCGUGCCUGGUCUGCCUUACCUUUAUGGCCCAGGAGCUCGGUGUUCGCGUCGUCCCAUUCUUGCCCAAGUUUAUGCCUGUGGUCCUUUCCAUCCUUGGCAGCACGCUUACCAGCACCAACGCUUCAGCUGCUGCUGCUGCCGCCGCUGCCGAAGCCGAAGGCAAGAAGUCGAGCCGCUACAACAAUUCGGUCUUACUCCAGUUGGCCGUUGUCGCUCACCUCGAGACCUUGGUCAAGGUCCUUCCCCAGUUCCUCAGCUCAUAUGUCACCAAGAUUCUCACCAGCACUCUGCACCCCGUUUUGGCCGGAUACGAGGGAACCGAUGCCUCAAAACUCCAGAUUCGGGAAAAGAACAAGAAGCUGUUGUCCGAGAUGGCCGUUCACAUCCAGCCUCGUAUCUUGCUCCCCCCCGUCCUUGGAUACUACGAAACCGCCGUCAAGGAUGGCAAGGAUUCCGUCUUGGCCUUGUUUGAUCUUGUCAGCCAGACGAUCAUUGCCAUGCCCCGCGAUGUCAUUGCCGUCCACUACAAGCAGAUCUUCAAGUUCUUCCUCGGCGCCUUUGAUUACCGCCGUGUCCACGGUCAAGUCGCCAAGAGCCAGUCGACUGUUGCUGUUGUGGAGGAGGCUGUCAUUGGCGCCUUCAUGCAGUUGGUGAUGAAGUUGAACGAGACUCUGUUCAAGCCCCUCUUCCUUAAGUCUUUGGACUGGGCUACGACCGAGUUGCAGGUUGCCAAGGCUUCGUUCAAGGACAUGCAGGACCGUCUGAUCUUCUUCUACAAGUUGAUGAACGCCCUUCUCGAGCAGCUCAAGUCGAUUGUCACGCCUUACUAUGGCUAUGUCGUCGAUCAUGUCAUCGAGUCGUUGACUGGUUACGCCAAGCAGGCCAAGGCUGCUGCCGCCUCGUCCUACGAGGAUGAUGAUGAGGAGGAAUCCAAGGAUGGAUCCGUGAUCAAGAGGAGAGAGAUGGACGAGUUGUGGCCAUGGAUGAUCUCGUCGCUCACCAAGUGCUUCUUGCACGACAAUGACGGACUCUGGAACGCCGACCGGUUCGAGAAACUUUUGCAUCCCUUGGUUAACCAGCUGUUGGUGACGUCGAACGAGGCUGUGGAUGUUGCAGGAACCGAAUGGAAGUCGUACGAGAAUAGGAUGAACACCUGGUUGGUCCCUUGCUUGGGUCAGCUGGCUGUCACGUUGUCGAACGAUGCUCUUUGGAAGCCCUUGAACUACCAGGUCUUGUUGAAGACCCGCGAGGAUAAUAAGCAGAUCCGUCUGUCGGCCCUCAAGGUCCUCCAGGAGUUCUACAAGCGUCUGGGUGAGGAGUUCUUGAUCCUCUUGCCCGAGACCAUCCCCUUCUUGGCGGAGCUGAUGGAGGAUGAUGACCAUGAGGUUGAGACCUUGACUCAGCAGGUCAUUGCUGACAUUGAAGUCUACCUCGGAGGCAGCUUGCAAAAGUACUUCCACUAA